AUGUCAAAUGGGCCGAUACCCUCGACUCUUGUCCUGCUCCCGGCCCUCCACAAGGAACCAGCCGGGGCCAAGGUCAGAUUCCUGGGAUGCGUCGAAUCCUACGCGACAGGCGAUGCAACCUUGACGCUGGAGCAUGACAAGGCCGCCGCUCACGGACCGCGCGUGCGAGCACUGAUCGACGUGAAUCUGCUCCUCCAGAGUCUCAAGGCCGAGCAGACGCGGGCUGGUGAAUGGGUCAAUGUAAUCGGCUACAUCGCUCCUGAGCCCGAUCAGCCGCGCGCACCAGGGCCAUUGCCUGGUGAGCACCACCGCGUCCACGUCCAGGCCAUUGUGCUGUGGUCGGCGGGAUCUCUCAAUAUCCAGGAGUACACCUCCACCGUGGCCGCAAGAUCCAACGACGUUCGUGCGACUUAG